GUGUCAAUUUUAUUGAAGGAGAAAAGUCCUUUCAUACAUUGCUUUCAUAUAAAUUGUUAGGUUUAUUUAGCGACUAUGACGCCCCAAACGAUGAAAAUGCUUGUAAUGUUUAUCCUCGCGGCCGCCCUCUUGAACGUAACGAACUAUUUGUUCUACUGCCUCUACAAUCCGCAGUCGCGGCAGGCGAUGAGGGUAGAAGUUCAAGUUUCGGAGCAUACGAAGUUCGUAAGGUUCAUGACUAAGCGUCGAAUGACUCGCAUCCCAAAAUGGUCCAACUUUCUGCUAUGCGAUAACAAGAGCUCUACCAAUCCAACAAAUAAUAAGGUAUCAGCAAGCAGCGAAGAGGACUACCGUGACCAGGGUUCCGACUCCGUAUUUUAUUACAAUGGGAUUAAAAAAGGAGAAUAUCUAUGCCCUGAGACACCCCCAGGCGUAGGUCCUCUGAAAGCCAAUCAAUUCGUCAGCCCCCAAGAAAUAGAAAAACUGUACGACGUUUUGCAACCCGGUGGUCUCUACGAAGAAAAUGAAUGCGUUCCUCGUCAAAAUGUCGCCGUUAUUGUCACCCACAGAGAGCAAAACCAAUUGCUUGAAUUUUUGUACUCACUGCAUUGUUUUCUGAUGAAACAACAAUUAGGAUACCAGAUAUUCGUUGUUAAGCAAAGCAACCAGUCAUCGCCCCUGAAUCAUGGCAAACUAUUCAACGUGGGCUUCUCAGAAGCGCAAGGGCUGAAGAAGAGCGAGUGGAACUGCGUUGUAUUCCACGACCACAACAUCCUGCCUGCUGACUCGCGCAACCUCUAUCGGUGCUCCGACCACCCGCUACAGCUGGUCACGCAUGUUGGGAAUAGGACGUACGAAUAUGAAUUCGGAGGAGCUAUCGCCGUAAAACCUGAGCAGUUUUUGAAAGUUAACGGAUUUUCAAAUGAAUACAACAUUCGUAAUGAUGCCAUCUUCGAAGAUUUACAGAAAAGAUUACAACAUGCUAAUUUUACGACUGUAAAAAGCGCUUCUUUUGGAAAAUAUGAACGAGUGGAAAAUAGCGAUGAACUCUAUGAAACGAGAUAUCACCAAGCAAUGCAGACCUCGGCACCUUUGAAUCUCAUCGAUGGACUUUCCACGCUUUCAUACAUUUUAAACAUCAUCGAUCUGAAGCCCCUAUACACGUUGAUCGAUGUAGAUAUUGACAAACUUCCAGUUAACUCCACCAGUAUUUGGAACCGGUUACUAAACCAAGUUACUACUGGUGCAGUAACAGUGAAUAAGACUUAAAAAUUAUGUAAUAUCAAAAUUUACUGGCAAUAAAGUUACGCA